CGGUGGUGAGCAACUUUUCCUUUUUUACUGAUAACAACAAGUGAAGGGAUUGGUAAAAGAAUGACAAAAGGAGAGGACAAAAAUACAAACUGCACUGCACACUCUGUUUGCUGCUUUACUCUGUCUCAGCUCUUGGUUCACUCCCAAAAAGUGUCAGAGAUUUACCAUCCCUCUUAUCCUCUGAACCAGUUUGAAUCAAUGGAAGCAAUGCAACCCCUCUCUCCCAAAUGACUUCAACUCCACUUAACACCGCAUCAUGCGAUCCAAUCUGCAUACUUUAUUGAUAGGAGUAGGUGACUGACAUCGUGCAGAUUAAUGACUAAAGACGUUCAGUGUUAAACACCUACCCUGUUCAGCACGAUGGCAAAUUUGCAUGUGAUCUCCCUAUCAAGAUUACAAACCAAUGAAGACUUGAGAAAGGAAAGACAAAGAAGGAAUAAUGGCCAAAUGAUGGAUCCCAUUCCCAUCCCAUUCCCAUGGGAGGCCUGAAAUUCUACAGCAGCUUCCAUAUGCAGAAACUCACCCCCACUAGCUCUAGACAAGUUGCCUCUUUCAAUAUUUGUAUCUAUCCACCUCAUUAAAUGGAAUCCAAUCAAUGAACCCUAUUACGCGUUUAUUUCCAAAUUUCUUCUCUCUAGUCAGUCACAUGUUAGAGAUCGACAUCCCAUUUUUUCUUCUAUAAACAGUUCCGCCUAUAACUCAGUCAAACAUGCUUCAAACGAGUAUUAUAUAGAGGCAUAGAGCUACGUAUUAGGGAAGCAAAGUGAACAUACCUCUUACAAACUGAGCUCUGAACGCCUCUCACAGUAACAAUGGCUACUUCCAAGCUUUCCUCUUUCUUCUUCCCCACCAUUCUUCUCCUUCUCGUCUUCUCCCUCCCCACGUCAUCUCCUCAAUCAACUAACUCCGUUGCUGACUUCUGCAGCACAACUCUAUACCCAUCAUUCUGCAGAUCAACUCUGCCGUACAACAAAACCAGCACUAUUCAUGACUACACUAGAAAAUCAGUCCACCAAUCCCUCUCCCAAGCCAGGCAAUUCCUUCGGCUGAUCAACUACCUUAUCAGAACAGCUUCCAAACCCUUUCAGACUCUUCUCCCUCCAUUACAGGACUGCAAGUUCCUGGCUCAGAUGAAUGUGGACUCGCUGUCGGACACCAUGUCCACGAUAGACUCAAGGAACAACCUUUCCAGCUUCACAGCCAGUGACUUGCAGACCCUUUUGAGUGCCACCUUGACCAACCUCGACACAUGCCUCGAUGGGAUUCGUGCAGCGGUUUCCAGCUCGACUGAUGUCAGCAGCCUCGUAGCUCCUUUGCUCAAUGGCACGAGGUAUUGCAGUGUGUCUCUUGCACUUUUCGCAGAAGGUUGGGUUCCUCCUCCCAGAAAGAGGAACAAGGGGAGAGGGCUUAUGGAGAGCCGUCACAUUUUCGCCAAUCACGACCUCGCCCAUGGGUUGCCGUUGAUAAUGUCGAGCAAGGAUCGUCGCGUAUUCGAGUCCUUCGGUGGUGGUGGGAGGAAGCUUCUCCAAGCUCCCAUUGGUGGCAUUUCAGUGAGCCAGAUGGUCGUUGUAGAUAAGGAGGGAGGUGGGAACUUUACAAGCAUCAAUGAUGCCGUUGCUGCAGCUCCUAAUUCAACUAAUGGCGUCGUACCUGGAAACAGCUACUUUGUUAUAUAUGUGAUAGAGGGUCUCUAUGAAGAGUACAUUUCUAUCCCGAAGAACAAGCAGAACUUGAUGAUGGUCGGAGAUGGAAUCGGCCGGACGACCAUUACCGGGAACAGGAGCGUCGUUGAUGGCUCCACCACUUUUAAUUCCUCCACGUUGGCCGUCGUCGCCCCAGGAUUCGUCGCCGUUGGAAUGACGUUCCGGAACACGGCGGGGCCAUCAAAGAUGCAAGCCGUCGCGGUCAGGAACGGCGCCGACAUGUCAGCAUUCUUCAACUGCAGCUUCGAAGGCUACCAGGACACACUCUACGUCCACUCCUUACGCCAAUUCUACCGCGACUGCACAAUCUACGGCACCAUCGACUACAUCUUCGGCAACGCCGCCGUUGUUUUCCAGAACUGCCGGCUCAUGUCUCGGCUCCCUCUGCCCAACCAAUUCAACGCCAUAACUGCACAGGGCCGAACCGACCGGAAUCAGAACACUGGGAUCUCGAUCCAGAAUUGCACAAUCAAGGAAGCAAAAGAUUUGGCUUUAAGCAAUGGCACGACGAGAUCUUAUCUGGGUCGGCCGUGGAAGGCGUAUUCGAGGACUGUGGUGAUGCAGUCGUCGAUCGCCAGUUUCUUAGAUCCGGCGGGUUGGGCGCCGUGGUCGGGUAACACUUCGCUGGACACGCUUUAUUAUGCGGAGUUCAAUAACACAGGCAUCGGGGCGCUGACCGGCGGGAGGGUGAAUUGGCCGGGUUUUCAUCUGAUUAACGAGACCGACGCCGGGAAUUUCACGGUGAUGAACUUUACUCAGGGGGACAUCUGGUUGCCGGCGACCGGCGUUCCGUUUGAUACUGGGUUGUUGGUAUAAUUAAAGUGGAAUGAACAGAAAUUGAAGUGGUUGUCAAAUCGGAAUGUUUAUAUUGUUCCUUCACGUGAAGAAGUUCGUGAAGAGGGAUUGCAAAGGGAGACUUUGAAAUUUUUGGCGGGUGUGUUCAGCGACGUGCGCGCCAUUAUUAUUUGGGAUAUGGAGAAAUAAAUGCUGUUUUAGUAAUUUAGUGUUGGUCGUGUAUUUUGUUUUAUCCUAUGGAGAAGGGAAGGGAAGAGAAGCUAAAAAUGAUUGAAUUCGUUAUAAAAAGAAAUAAAUUGAGAUGAUUAGA